UAUUUGAUUAUUGUCUAGUGGAUGUAUUAUAUUAUUCUCCUAUUGUCUCUAUCUACGUACUGGUGCAGUUGACUUUCAGACAAAUGAAAGUAUAGCUCUGUGCUAUACUUGUAAGAUUGAGAUAUGCAUUAAACUGCUUUGCCGGUUCUGGCGAAGAAAUCCAAGCACAAGUAUCCAUUUCUCUUUGGAACAGAAACAAAGCAGGGGGUUUUCCUCGAUGUAUCUCUUGAUCGGGAGCAAAUGGAGCAUAUAAAGACAUCAGAGCCCAAUCAGAAGAUAGCAUAUGAAAGUUCUUCUUGGAUUCACCUGUGAAUGAGGGAUGGGUGAAGGGGAACAUGAUACUGGACCUCUGCAGAACUCUGUGUUAGCUAUGGAGACUGAAGAAUUUAUUCCGGUGAACGAUUCAGAUGACCUUCCCCAACUCCUUGCAGUCAAGGGAUGGACAUGGUGGUCCCUGGUGGCUCUGAACAUCGCAUUCCUCUUAAUUGGGCAAGCAGCGGCAGUCACCUUGGGGAAGCUCUACUAUGAGAAAGGCGGGAAGAGUAAUUGGAUGGCUGCUCUUGUUCAAACUGCUGGAUUCCCAAUCCUUUUAAUCCCUCUCGUGCUCUUUCCUUCUACAAAAUCUUUGAAGACCGCCAUCACCACUUACUCCUCUGACCCUUCGGUCUUUGCUGUCGUUGUGAUGUAUAUUGUCCUCGGUAUUCUUCUGGCAGGGGACAAUAUGCUCUACUCUCUAGGCCUUCUAUACCUCCCGAUGUCGACUUACUCUCUUCUCACUGCAACUCAGUUGGUGUUCAGCACUACACUCUCGUUCUUCAUCAAUGCACAGAAACUCACCCUUCUAAUAUGCAACUCAGUAGUUCUGCUCACCCUCUCGGCCUCUUUAGUGGUAGUGCAGCCUGUCGGCUCUACGGACUCAAAGAAGUACUCGAAGGAAAAGCACGUUAUCGGGUUCAUCUGCACGGUGCUUGCAUCGGCAGCUUAUGCACUAUUGCUCUCUCUGAUGCAGAUCUCAUUUGAGAAACUAAUCAAGAGGGAGACAUUCUCGGUGGUUCUUGACAUGCAAAUUUACACGUCGCUCGUUGCUUCCUGCGUUUGCGUGGUAGGUUUGUUUGCAAGCGGUGAAGCGUGGGGUCUGAAGAAUGAAAUGGAAGGGUUCAAGGAAGGGAAGACAGUUUAUGUGCUGGGUCUGGUAGGUUCGGCUUUAGCUUGGCAGGUUAGCUCGGUGGGAGUCGUGGGGCUCAUCUUCUUAGUUUCUUCUCUCUUCUCUAACGUGAUCAGUAUGUUGACGCUGCCUCUUGCACCUGUUGCUGGUGUUCUCUUCUACGGUGAAAGUAUGACCUGGGAGAAGAUAGUCGCAAUGUUUUUGGCUGCGAUGGGAUGCUCUUCUUACAUCUAUCAGCAAUAUCUCGAUGACAUGAAUUCCCAAGCAGAAGAAAGUGAAGAGCUAGGCAGUUCUUAGCAUGUACGCAUGGAUGGACUAUCCGUGGGACGCUUGACGUAUUUCAUCUAACCUUACCAACAAGAAUGGCUCCAAAAAUCCAUGGUAGACAUUUUUGUGGUGAUUCAAUAGGCCAACUUUGUAGGUGAGAUCACAAAUCACGUCCCAGCUGUGCUGGGUC